CCACACUCACCUACGUCCACACCACACCACAUAUAGCGCACACCACACACAGUCACAGCUACAGAGACAAAGAGAGACAGAGACCACACGUAUACACACUACCACACAAUGGCUGCUUCGUCAAAGGCUGUCCGCCGCAUUAUGAAGGAGUUGGAGCGUGUGGGAAAGGCUGGUGAGGAGCUGGCGAAUACCGAGGCUGGCCCGGUGUCAGACACGGACAUGUUCACUUGGAAGGCCGUGCUGCGCAACGUGGGCGAGCCGUACGCAGGAGGCGAGUUUGAACUGCAGAUCACGUUUCCGGAAGACUUUCCUUUCAAGCCGCCGACGGUUGUCUUUGUCACGCCGGUCUACCACCCGAACAUCGACAAGAGCGGCGAGAUCUGCAUGCCCAUUCUCAAGGCCGACGUGUGGCGCCCGAUGAACUCGGUCAUCAACGUCCUCACUGCCGUCCGCGACCUGAUGGAGGAGCCGAAUCCGUCCGAUCCGCUGCGGCCCAAGCUCGCGGCACAGUACCUGGACAAGCGUGCAGCCUUUGACAAGGCCGCCAAGAAGCACACCAAGACCCACGCCAAGCCGAAGAAGUAGUGUUGGCUCUGCCUGCCUGGGACGAAAAGGAGAACUGCAGGGCCGAGUGGCAACAAAACAAGUGGAUGGGUGCAACAAAAGGAGUGUGUGUAAUGGAUCAAUGCUUAGACUGAGCCGGACGAGUAGCCAGACGAGUAGCCAGACGAGCCGCCCGACGAGCCGCCCGACGAGCCGCCC